AUGAAAGUCGGCAAGCCCCAGUCGAAGCGCGUUCCGGUGCGUCUCCGGCACAAAAUCGAGAAGAAGUCGGCGGCGAAGCAACGGAAGGCCAAAAAGGAAGCAAAGCAGAAUCCCGAAUGGCGCUCCAAGCUGAAGAAGGACCCUGGCAUCCCGAACCUUUUCCCGUACAAGGACAAGAUUUUGGCCGAGAUUGAGGAGAAGAAGCGCUUGAAGGAGGAGGAGCAACAACGCAAGCGCGAGGAAGCGAAAGCACGCAGGGCAGUGAAGGGCAAGAAUGCCGAGGUCGCUGAGGAGGAGGAAGAUAUGGACGACGUGAAGGACGGCGAAGAUAUGAUUGACUACGAGGCCUCUGACGACGAUGCCAUGGAUGAGGACAACUCCUCUAACCCUAUGGCUGCUCUCCUCGCAUCCGCUAAAGCCCGCGCCGCUGAGUACGAAGCAGAGCACGAGGACGAUGUGAUGGAGGAGGAUGACGAUGGUUGGACGGCAACAGGUGAAGACAAGAACUCGGCAGCGACGGCGCGCAAGGAUUCUUCGAGGAAGGCAUUCGACAAGAUCUUCAAGCAGGUGGUUGAGGCAGCAGAUGUUGUCCUUUAUGUCUUGGAUGCUAGGGAUCCGGAAGGCACAAGGUCCAAGGAAGUGGAGCGGCAGGUGAUGUCCGCUGCGGCUGACAAGCGUCUGAUCCUCAUUCUGAACAAGAUCGACCUCGUUCCGCCCCCAGUCCUGAAAGGCUGGCUGACCCACCUUCGCCGCUACUUCCCUACGCUUCCACUUCGCGCAUCCAAUCCGGCACCGAACGCGAAGACUUUCGACCACAAACAGCUUACUGUCAAGGCAACCUCGGAAGCCCUUUUCAAGGCUCUCAAGUCAUACGCUCAGUCUAAGCAGCUCAAGCGAUCCAUCUCUGUAGGCGUUAUCGGGUACCCCAACGUCGGCAAGUCUUCCGUUAUCAACGCCCUGACUUCCAGAAUCGGUAACCGGCAGGCAGCUUGCCCAACCGGUGCCGAGGCUGGUGUUACCACGAGCCUGCGCGAGGUCAAGCUCGAUAACAAGCUCAAGCUUCUCGAUUCGCCUGGCAUCGUCUUCCCUUCGUCGAGCGCCGGCUCAAAAGCGCACAAGGCGGAGGAGCAAGCUCGUCUCAUUCUGCUUAACGCCAUUCCGCCCAAGGAAAUUGACGACCCUAUUCCGGCAGUCAGCCUUUUGGUCAAGAGAAUGUCGCAGAACGAAGAAAUGUUCAACAAGUUGCUCGCCGUGUACGAGCUUCCUGCGCUCAUGUCCUCGGGCGACAUCACCAAUGACUUCCUUAUCCACGUCGCUCGCAAGCGUGGCAGGCUCAGUCGCGGCGGUGUUCCCAACCUCCAUAGCGCCGCGCUUGCUGUCAUCACCGACUGGAGAGACGGCAGGAUUCAGGGUUGGAUGGACGCCCCUAUCUUACAGGUCGCAAAUGUCUCGAUGCCCAAUGCGCCUGCUCCUGAGGCUGGCGCUGCGCCGGUGGGUGACCAGAAGGAGAUCGUCAAGGAAUGGGCUGCAGAGUUCAAACUUGACGGUCUUUGGGGCGAUGGAGAAAGCACCGAGGCUAUGGAAUCUUGA